GGGCCGGGCGGGAGGCGGGGCGGGCGGUCAGGUGACGAGGGCGGUAUCAUGUGAGCGGGGCCGAGCCGGGGACGGGCGCUCUGUGUCCCGGUGGCGGCAGGCAGGAUGGGGUCGGCGGUGCUGAGCGGACUGAUCUUGGCUUUGACUCUGGCGCUGCCCUCCGUGGCCCUGGAGAACGGGCUGGCGCUCACCCCCCCCAUGGGCUGGCUGGCCUGGGAGCGGUUCCGCUGCAACGUGGACUGCCGGGAGGACCCGCGCAACUGCAUCAGUGAGACGCUCUUCUUCGAGAUGGCAGACCGCCUGGCAGAGGAUGGCUGGAGGGAACUGGGCUAUGAGUACAUCAACAUUGACGACUGCUGGUCAGCCAAGAAGCGCGAUGCAGCGGGACGGCUGGUUGCUGACCCUGAGAGGUUUCCCAGGGGGAUUAAGGCUCUGGCUGACUAUGUCCAUGCCCGAGGCUUGAAGCUGGGCAUUUAUGGCGACCUGGGCACCCUCACCUGUGGGGGCUACCCAGGCACCACACUGGACCUAGUGGAACAGGAUGCCCAGACCUUUGCGGAGUGGGGUGUGGACAUGUUGAAGCUGGAUGGAUGCUACUCAUCUGGAGAAGAGCAGGCAAAAGGCUACCCAGAAAUGGCAAGAGCCUUGAACAGCACAGGUCGCCCCAUUGUGUACUCCUGCAGCUGGCCGGCAUAUCAGGGUGGACUCCCGCCCAAGGUGAACUACACUGUCCUGGCAGAGGUCUGCAACCUGUGGCGUAACUAUGAUGACAUCCAGGACUCCUGGGACAGCGUGCUUUCCAUCCUGGACUGGUUCUCUGCAAACCAGGAUGUGCUGCAGCCGGCGGCUGGCCCUGGCCACUGGAAUGACCCAGACAUGCUCAUCAUUGGAAACUUUGGCCUUAGCUAUGAGCAGUCGCGCUCCCAAAUGGCCUUGUGGACGGUGAUGGCAGCUCCGCUACUCAUGUCCACAGAUCUUCGCACCAUCUCCCCAAGUGCCAAGGAGAUCUUGCAGAACCGCCUGAUGAUACAGAUCAACCAGGACCCCCGGGGAAUCCAAGGGCGCAGGAUUGUCAAGGAGAAAUCGCACAUCGAGGUGUUCCUGCGCCCGCUGUCCCAGGGCGCCAGCGCCCUCGUCUUCUUCAGCCGGAGGACGGAUAUGCCCUUUGUCUACAACACCAGCCUGGCCAAGCUCCACUUCCCCGAGGACACCGUGUAUGAGGUGCAAGAUGUGUACAGCGGGAAGACCAUCAGCGGCUUAAAGACGGGAGACAGCUUCUCGGUCGUUAUCAACCCGUCGGGGGUGGUGAUGUGGUAUCUGUAUCCCACGGUGCUCCCAGCGCAGCCCUGUCACGUUGGCAGACGGCAAGCCCGUGGUGAGGGUUUCCAGCCAUUCCUCCUGUGACAAGGCUCAGCAGACAGGGGUGUGGGUCAGUGCGGGGGGAGCCGUGAGAUGCUGGGGCACGUGGCUCUUCACUGCACAAGUGCCUUUCGCUGACGUGCCCAGGUCAUUCCUUGGGUACCAGCCUGAUGAUUACUGCUCGGUCUGCGUAAAGGCAAGAAUUCUCGUUACUCGGCUCCUAAGACUGUGCAGAGCAUGAUUGCUUGGUGAUUGCAAAGCCCUUUGAGAUCCUCCUGUGGAAGUUCCAUACAAGCAGAGUCCAGCUGCCAUUGGAGUUUGUCAGCUCUGACACCUGAACACUUCACUGCUUUGAACUGAGUACCACCAGCUGCUGCAGGGACUGUUUGCACUAUGCAUGUAGAAAGGCCUUGGAUGCUUUAGUGUGAAAUUCUGAUACAGAAGUGAACCAGGUGAGAGAAUUCCAGAACCCACCAGAACAAACUGUCUGGUGGGUGUAACAACACUGAUCUCUGAAGUAGCUGGACCAUUCAGACUCGUCAGAUAAAGAUGAAUUAUUUCUGCUUUUCCUUUAUCUAAUCUACACUUCCCUCCAUUUUAUGUUAUUCCAUUUGGCUUGCCCCACGUAAAGUUUUGAGUUUGGGUGUAUUUGAUUCUUUUCAGAAAAAAGUUGUUGUUUUAAAGAACUUGUUGUAAAUCUGUCAUUUGUUGUUAUGUAUUCUGUUUGAUAAAGACAUUUUCCUGCAUUUUUCCAGCACAGCUAAAACCAGAGAAUUAAAAGGCUGUAAAGAUCGCAGUGCCCUGUUAGAAACUCCUUUUUGUUAGAAACUCCUUUUUUGUGGGGAGGCACAGACUGGAGCGCUGUACAGUGUAUCUGAAGAGUAAUGGCUUAUUAUUCUAUUUGCAGAACUGUAAUGGAAGAACAGAAGGGAGAAAACCAUUGACAAAGCAAUGGUUUCAACAGCUGUCACCUCUGUUUUGUCCUUCCUAAAGGGAACAGGGGACUCUGUGUCCCCUUUGCCAGUGAGUGUCCUGCAUGUGGUAGUCAAUGGUGCGGAGUCUAGUUGGAGGCCAGUAUCUAGUGGAGUGCCUCAGGGGUCAAUAUUGGGGCCAAUAUUAUUCAAUAUAUUCAUUAACGAUUUGGACGAGGGAAUAGAGUGUACUAUCAGCAGGUUUGCUGAUGACACUAAGCUGGGAGGAGUGGCUGACACACCAGAAGGCUGUGCUGCCAUCCAGCGGGACCUGGACAGGCUGGAGAGUUGGGCGGGGAAUAACCUGAUGAAAUUUAACAAGGGAAAGUGUAGAGUCCUGCAUCUGGGCAGGAACAACCCCAGGUUCCAGUAUAGGUUGGGAAAUUACAUAUUAGAGAGCAGCGUAGGGGAAAGGGACCUGGGGGUCCUGGUGGACAACAGGAUGACCAUGAGCCAGCACUGUGCCCUUGUGGCCAGGAAGGCCAAUGGCAUCCUGGGGUGUAUUAGAAGAGGGGUGGUUAGUAGAUCGAGAGAGGUUCUCCUUCCCCUCUACUCCGCCCUGAUAAGACCACACCUGGAAUAUUGUGUCCAGUUCUGGGCCCCUCGGUUCCAGAAGGACAGGGAACUGCUGGAGAGGGUCCAGCGUAGGGCAACGAAGAUGAUUAAGGGAGUGGAGCACCUCCCUUAUGAGGAAAGGCUGAGGGAGCUGGGUCUCUUUAGUUUGGAGAAGAGGAGACUAAUGGGGGACCUUAUUAAUGUUUAUAAAUAUAUAAAGGGUGAGUGCCAUGAGGAUGGAGCCAGGCUCUCCUCGGUGGCAAACAAUGAUAGGACAAGGGGUAAUGGGAUCAAGCUGGAACACAAGAGGUUCCGCUUAAAUUUGAGAAAAAACUUCUUCUCAGUAAGGGUGACAGAGCCUGGAACAGGCUGCCCAGGGAGGUUGUGGAGUCUCCUUCUCUGGAGACAUUCAAAACCCGCCUGGACAUGUUCCUGUGCGACCUCACCUAGGCGUUCCUGCUCCAGCAGGGGGAUUGGACUAGAUGAUCUUUUGAGGUCCCUUCCAAUCCCAAACAUAUUGCGAUACUGUGAUACUGUGAUGUGUCUGUAUGACAGAAAUCUGUAGAUCCGGGUUAAGAAGUGCUUGACAAGGCCCUGCAUCCUUGCACACACACACACGCUCACCUCAUCAAAGACUGCUUGGGAUUCCUUUUAUUAGCAAUACGGGAAAACACACAAUUAAACAUCAAGAGAUUGA